AUGUUAGUCAAACCGAGGGAGUCAGUCCCCAAGUUGUGUUCAGAGACUAAAGCUGAGAGUUUUCCUAAGGACAACCGCAUACAGGCAGUGAUAUUAACUUCUGCGGACCUUCGGGCAACCAUCAACCCCCAAAUUGGCUGGAUCAAAACUCCCACGUCCGGCGGAUGGUCGAAAUGCCCCACCCUGCGCGCAUCUUGUAUAAUUCAGAGCAAGUUCCUCUUGGGAACAUCGCCUUCGCCAGAAAAGCUGCGUCCUUCAACCGUUACUCCCGAAGCGACAGCAAUUUGUAACCGAAUGACAAGCUUAAUCGAUUGCAAAGGUCGCCCCAACUACGAGAACGACUCCAUACGUCCUGGCCCAGUGACAAGCAAGAAAACCGCUCUAUCCAUAUCGAAGGAGACCCUUACCUUUUCGACUACAUUAUUUGAAUAUCUUCGUCGGGGCACAUUCCCCCUCGAUUUCAACACGACCCGCGGCCAUAAUAACUAUGGAUUGUACGCUAGACUACGACACGAAGCAAAGUAUUUCCAGGGUCCUCACUUGUUUACUUUCCUAGAGGAUCAAUGCUUCCAGAAAUGCGUUACAUGGGAGAUAACGAACGAAAUAUACGAUUGCCAGACGAUGGGCUCCUCUCCACACCGUGGCAAACCUGAACUCUGCGGUCGUCAAUGCAAAAAUGUUCUUGCGUACAACGGGCAUGGGAAUGACAUCCACACUAUAUCAGAGUAUGUUAUUGUCAAAAGGAAACUCAAGUUCAAUCUUGAAUGGAUGUCUGACGACGGGUGUCACAGGCAAGAAUUUAUUAACCAUCUCCAGGAGAAAAAAGCCUAUGAUGAAUCCGGAAGUAGUUGCGCUGCCUCGGGAAGUGAAGGCAACCUGGAGUUGGAUGUAAACGCCACUCCUCUCAACCACCAUCCAGGAGAAAGACCCAUCCUGAAUAUUCAGGUAACGAAGACCUAG